CCACCGCGGAGCCGAGCGCCGGGUCGUCUUCCUGCUGCCGAGGACCCUGCGGUCCGCCUGACAGCCAGCUGCUCCAGGCCCGGGCGGCUCCGGGGAGGGUCGGGCGCCAGCUGGCCCCGGGCCCGGGUCUAGGCGUGGGCUCGGCCGCCGGGGCCGGUGGAAAGGGCCUAGCGCGGCCAGGCAUAUACUGGUUGGGCUUCAGCCAUGGAGAAACUCCAUGAGCAUGUGUCUGCCCACUCAGACAUCCUCUCCUUGGAGAACCAGUGCCUGGCCACACUUCCUGACCUGAAGACCCUGAAGAAACCACAUGGGCAUGUGUCUGCCCACUCAGACAUCCUCUCCUUGGAGAACCGGUGCCUCGCCACACUUCCUGACAUGAAGAUCUUGGAGAAACCACGUGGGCAUGUGUCUGCCCACUCAGACAUCCUCUCCUUGGAGAACCGGUGCCUGGGCACACUUCCUGACCUGAAAACCUUGGAGAAACCACAUAGGCAUGUGUCUGCCCACUCAGACAUCCUCUCCUUGGAGAACCGGUGCCUGGCCACGCUUCCUGACGUGAAGAUCUUGGAGAAACCACGUGGGCAUGUGUCUGCCCACUCAGACAUCCUCUCCUUGGAGAACCGGUGCCUGGCCACACUCCCCAUUCUAAAGAGCACUGUGUCUGCCAGCCUCUUAACCCAGAGUCUCCAGAUAUCUCACAUGGUGCAAGCUGACCUGUGCAGCCUGAACACCAGCCACCACCUGCCGUCUGAGCCUCCAGCCUCAAGGGCUCAGUGCUCCUCUGAGGGUCUAGGCCAUCCGACCUGCCCCAGGAUCUUGAAAACCAUCUCUGCCACAGAGAGAGCUCAGGAAACAGCUUUGGGUCAAUGGUCUUCUCCAGGAGAGAAAAAGCCAGAAGACAAGGAAUGGGCAGAGGCUCAAAUGCCUUUUUAUAGUCUAAGCUUGGGAGAGGAGGAGGAUGUGGAGGAGCUGGCCCCGAAGCUCACCUAUGGGGACUGUGAAUCUCGUUCUGAGCCUACUGACCAGGCCCUUCAGGAAAAGAAGAUGGUUCUAAUGAGCUUUCUGUAUUCUCUUCCGGCGUCAAAUGUAAGCACAAAUGAUGCAGAUUACUCUGCCCAGGCUUUCCUCCUCCAAGUCUGUAGUGAACUUGCCUCCUUGGAGCCUGAAUUUAUCCUCAAGGCAUCUCUGUAUGCCAGGCAGCAGCUGAAUGUCCGGGAUGUGGCCAACAAAGUCUUGGCCAUUGCUGCCUCCUUGCCAGCCUGCCGCCCCCACCUGCGACGAUAUUACUGUGCCAUCGUCCAGCUGCCUUCUGAUUGGAUCCAGGUAGCCAGGUUCUACCAGCACCUGACUGGAGAAGAGGUCAAGCUGGCACCCCUGCCUGCCUGCCUGCGUGCUGCGAUGACGGACAAAUUUGCCCAGUUUGAUGAGUACCAGCUGGCUAAGUACAACCCUCGGAAGCACCGGGCCAAGAGGCGCCCCCUCCGGCGACCCCGCCCUCCAUUUGAGGCAACCUGCCGUGCAAUGUCAGAGAAAAAGAGUGAGCCAAGGUUCACCCUGAAGAAGUUGGUACAGAGACUGCACAUCCAUGAGCCUGCACAGCUUGUCCAGGCCCUCCUGGGCUGCAGAUACCCCCCCAACCUACAAGCCUUUUCUCGAAGUCGCCUCCCAGGGCCCUGGGAUUCUAGCAGAGCUGGGAAGCGGAUGAAGCUUGCUCGGCCAGAGACCUGGGAGCGGGAGCUGAGCUUGCGGGGGAACAAAGCUUUCAUCUGGGAGGAGCUCAUCGACAGGGGGAAGCUUCCCUUCAUGGCCAUGCUUCGGAAUCUGUGCAACCUGCUGCGGGUUGGAAUCAGUGCCCGCCACCACGAGCUUGUGCUCCAGAGACUCCAGCAUGCUAAGUCGGUGAUCAACAGUCGGCAGUUUCCAUUCAGGUUCCUUAAUGCUCAUGAUUCCAUCAAUGUCCUUGAGGCUCAACUUGAAAAGAAUGAGUUGCCACUUCCUUCCAACACAAAACUGAUAGAGCAGAUAAUUAAAAACACAAGAUAUGGCAAGAAGCAUGGCUAUUCCUGGCAGCUUUGCAAACCAAGUCGUCGGGAACUUCGGGCAGCAAUGAGGAUCCCUGAGAUAUAUGAGCAGCUCAAGCGGAAGAAGCUGAAAAUGCACAAGGCCAGACAGUGGAAAUAUGACCGUGAGAUGCUGGCUCGGUAUCGACAGGCCCUGGAGACAGCUAUAAACAUCGCCGUCAAACACAGCCUGCCCCCGCUGCCAGGCCGCACCAUCUUGGUCUAUCUGACGGAUGCUGAUGCAGACAAGAUCCUUCCCAAGAGCAACCCACAAGGGCCCCCCCUGAACUACGUGCUGCUGUUGAUUGCAAUGAUGAUGGCACGGACGGAGCAGGUGGAUCUCUUGCUGUGUGGAAGUGGCACUGUGAAGCCUGCUGUGAUUAAGGCAGAGGAUGGUAUCCUGAAGGCUGCCACCGAACUCCAAGCUCAAGUCCAGGAAUUGGAUGAAAAUUGUGAAUGGUCUCUGACUACUUUUGGGAAACAUUUGCUGUCCCUGGCUACCCAAAGGGUCCCUGUGGACAGGGUCAUCGUCUUUGGCCACACUGCAGAUGAGAAUCUGAUCAAUGCAGCCAAACAGAUUUUCUGGCAGCAUGUGAAUCCCAAGUGCCUCUUUGUUGGUGUUCUCCUGAGAAGUACAGGUUACCUGUGUACGAAUUUGAAUCCCAAUGACGUGACACUCUCAGGCUGUACUGACGGGAUACUGAAGUUCAUUGCAGAGCGUGGGGCCUCCUGCCUUCUAGAACAUGUGGGCCAAAUGGACAAAAUAUUCAAGAUUCCACCACCCCCAGGGGAGACAGGGGUCCAGUCUCUGCGGCCACUGGAAGUGAAUACUCCAAGCCCCUUGGCUCCUAUUUCCCAGCUUGGAUGGCGCACCGUCCGGCUUUUCAUUUCCUCCACCUUCCGGGACAUGCAUGGGGAGCGGGACCUGCUGCUGAGGUCCCUGCUGCCAGCACUGCAGGCCCGAGCGGCCCCCCACGGCAUCAGCCUUCAUGCCAUAGACCUGCGCUGGGGCGUCACCGAGGAGGAGACCCGUCGGAACAGGCAGCUGGAAGUGUGCCUCGGGGAGGUGGAGAACUCGCAGCUGUUUGUGGGGAUCCUGGGCUCCCGCUAUGGCUACGUUCCCCCCAACUACAGCCUCCCUGACCAUCCUCACUUCCGCUGGGCCCAGCAGUACCCUUCAGGUCGCUCUGUGACAGAGAUGGAGGUGAUGCAGUUCCUGAAUCGGGGCCUCCGCCUGCAGCUCUCUGCCCAGCCUCUCAUCUACUUCCGGGAUUCUAGCUUCCUCAGCUCUGUGCCAGAUGCCUGGAAGUCUGACUUUAUUUCUGAGUCUGAAGAGGCUGCCCAUCGGAUCUCAGAACUGAAGAGCUACCUGAGCAGACAGGAAGGGAUCACCUGUCACAGAUACCGUUGUGCGUGGGGCGGUGUGGCAGCUGGCCGGCCCUACGUUGGGGCGCUGGAGGAGUUUGGGCAGCUGGUUCUGCAGGAUGUGUGGAAUAUGAUCCAGAAGCUUUACCUACAGCCUGGGGCCCAGCCGGAGCAGCCAGAGCCCGUUCCAGAUGAUGACUUGGUCCAGGCCACCUUUCAGCAGCUGAAGAACCCACGGAGUCCUGCCCGACCGCGCCUUCUUCAGGGCACAGUGCAGCAGCUCAUGCAGCACCAGGGGAGGCUGAGCCUGAUGACCGGGCAGUCGGGACAGGGCAAGACUGCCUUCCUGGCAUCCCUUGUGUCAGCCCUGCAGGCUCCCGAGGGGGCCACGGUGGCCCCGUUAGUCUUCUUCCACUUUUCAGGGGCCCGCCCUGACCAGGGUCUGGCCCUCCUCCUGCUCAGACGCCUCUGUGCCUAUCUGCAUAGCCACCUGCAAGAGCCAAGUGCCCUCCCCAGCACCUACCGGGGCCUGGUGUGGGAGCUGCAGCAGAGGCUGCUGCCCGCGUCUGCUCGGUCCCUGAAAUCCGGCCAGCGUCUGGUGCUGGUCAUUGAUGGGGCUGACAGGUUGGUAGACCAGCAUGGGCAGCUGAUCUCGGACUGGAUCCCAAAGACCCUUCCCCGGUGGGUGCACUUGGUGCUGAGCGUGUCCAGUGAUUCAGGCCUGGGGGAGACCCUUGAGCGGAACCAAGGUGCCCACGUGGUGGCCCUGGGGCCCCUGGAGCCGUCUGCCCGGGCCCGGCUGGUGCGAGAGGAGCUGGCUCUGUACGGGAAGCGGCUGGAGGAGUCACCUUUUAACAACCAGAUGCGGCUGCUGCUGGUGAAGCGGGGCUCAGCCCUGCCGCUCUACCUGCGCUUGGUCACCGAUCACCUGAGGCUCUUCACGCUCUAUGAGCAGGUGUCUGAGAGACUUCGGGCCCUGCCCGCCACUGUCCCCCUGCUGCUGCAGCACAUCCUGGGCACCCUGGAGCAAGAGCACGGCCCCAGUGUCCUUCCCCAAGCCUUGGCCACUCUUGAGGUCACACGCAGUGGUCUGACUGUGGACCAGUUGCAUGGAGUCUUGAGUGCAUGGCGGAUACUUCCCAGGGGGACCAAGACCUGGGAAGAAGCAGUGGCUGCUGGUAACAGCGGGGACCCCUACCCCAUGGGCCCAUUCGCCUCCCUCAUCCAGAGUCUGCGCAGUUUGCUAGGGGAGGGACCCCUGGAACGUCCCGGCGCCCGGCUUUGCCUCCAGGAUGGGCCCCUGAGAACAGCUGCUAAAUGUCGCUAUGGGAAGAGGGCAGAGCUGGAGAAGACAGCACACAUCCUCAUCGCAGCUCAGCUCUGGAAGACGUGUGACCCUGAUGCCUCUGGUACCUUCCGAAGUUGCCCUCCUGAAGCUCUGGGAGACCUGCCUUAUCACCUGCUCCAGAGUGGGAACCGUGGUCUUCUCGCAAAGUUCCUCACCAGUCUCCACGUGGUGGCCGCACAUCUGGAACUGGGGCUGAUCUCUCAGCUCCUGGAGGCCCAUGCCCUCUAUGCUUCCUCAGUCCCUGAUGAGGAGCAGAAGCUUCCUGAGGCUGAUGUUGCUGUAUUCCACACCUUCCUGAGGCAGCAGGCUCCAGUCCUCAGCCAGUACCCACUGCUCCUGCACCAGCAGGCAGCAAAUCAGCCUCUGGAUUCACCUCUUUGCCGCCAGGCCCCCCAGCUCGCCCAGCGAUGGCAUCUCCAGCGCAUCCUACGUUGGCUUAAUAAACCCCAGACCCUGGGGGGCCAGCAAAGCUCCAGCCUGUCCCUGGCAGCUUCCUCAUCCCCUACAGCCGUGGCCUUCUCCCCCAAUGGACAAAGAGCAGCUGUGGGCACUGCCAAUGGGACGGUUUACCUGUUGGACCUGAGAACCUGGCAGGAGGAGAGGUCUGUGGUGAGUGGCUGCGAUGGGGUCUCCUCUUGUUCGUUCCUCUCGGACAACGCCCUCUUUCUUACUGCCUUCGACGGGCUCCUGGAGCUCUGGGACCUGCAGCAUGGCUGUCGGGUGCUCCAGAUGCAGGCUCACCAGUACCAGAUCACCGGCUGCUGCCUGAGCCCAGACCGCAGGCUGCUGGCCACCGUGUGCCUGGGGGGAUGCCUGAAGCUGUGGGACACGGUCAGGGGGCAGCUGGCCUCCCAGCACACCUGUCCCAAGCCCCUCAACUGCGUUGCUUUCCACCCAGAGGGGCAGGGGAUAGCCAUUGGCAGCUGGGCUGGCAGUUUCAGCGUCUUCCAGGUGGAUGGGCUCAAGGUCACCAAGGAACUGGGGGCCCCAGGAGCCUCCGUCCGUACCUUGGCCUUCCGUGUGCCUGGGCGGGUUGUGGCUGUGGGCCGGCUAGACGGGAUGGUGGAGCUGUGGGCCUGGCGGGAGGGGGCGCGGCUGGCCGCCUUCCCUGCCCACCAUGGCUUUGUAGCCGCUGCCCUUUCCCUGCGUGCUGGGUGCCAGUUACUGACGGCUGGAGAGGACGGCAAGGUGCAGGUGUGGUCCGGGUCUCUGGGUCGACCCCGUGGUUGCCUGGGCUCCCCCUCUCUCUCUCCUGCCCUCUCCGUGGCUCUCAGCCCAGAUGGUGAUCAGGUCGCGGUUGGGUACCGCGCGGACGGCAUUCGGAUCUACAGAAUUUCUUCAGCUUCCCAGGGGGCUCAGUGUCAAGCACUGGGUGUGGCAGUGUCCGCACUGGCCUGGCUCAGCCCUAACGUGUUGGUGAGUGGUGCAGAAGAUGGGGCCCUGCAGGGCUGGCUGCUCCAGGGAGGCUCCCUCCAGUCACUCUGGCUCUUGUCCAGACACCGGAAGCCUGUGCUGGGACUGGCCACCUCCCCCGAACUCUUGGCUGCUACCUCAGAGGACUUCACAGUGCGGCUGUGGCCAAGGCAGUUGCUGACACUGCCACAAAAGACGGAAGAUUUCCCCUGUGGCACUGAGCUCCGGGGACACGAGGGCCCCGUGAGCUGCUGUAGCUUCAGCACGGAUGGAUGCAGCCUGGCCACUGGGGGCAGGGACCGGAGUCUGCUCUGCUGGGAUGUGAGGACACCCAAAGCCCCUGUUCUGAUUUGCUCCUUCUCUGCCUGUCACCGAGACUGGGUCACUGGCUGUGCCUGGACCAAAGACAACCUCCUGGUCUCCUGCUCCAGUGACGGCUCUGUGGGGCUGUGGGACCCAGAGUCGAGACAGCAGCUCUGUCAAUUCCUGGGUCAUCAGAGUGCUGUGAGCGCCGUGGUGGCCGUGGAGGAGCACGUGGUAUCCGUGAGCCGAGACGGGACCUUGAAAGUGUGGGACCAUCAGGGUGUGGAGUUGACCAGCAUCCCUGCUCACUCAGGACCCAUCAGCCACUGUGCAGCUGCCCUGGAGCCCCGUGCAGCUGGCCAGCCGGGGUCAGAGCUUCUGGUGGUGACUGUUGGAUUGGAUGGGGCCAUGCGGUUGUGGCAUCCACUCUUGGUGUUUCAAACACACACCCUCCUGGGACACAGUGGCCCAGUCAGUACAGCUGCGGUUUCAGAGACCUCGGGCCUCCUGCUGACCGCCUCAGAGGAUGGUUCCAUACGGCUCUGGCAGUUACCUGAAGGAGCAGAUGACACAUAUAUACCCAGGAGUCCUGCAGCCAUCACUGCUGUGGCCUGGGCCCCAGACGGUUCUGUAGCUGUGUCUGGGAAUCAAGCUGGCGAGCUCACCUUGUGGCAGGAAGCUAAGGCUGUGGCCACAGCACAGGCUCCAGGCCGCAUCAGUGCUCUGAUCUGGUACUCAGCCCACACCUUGAUUGUUGUCAGUGCUGAUGAAAAAGUCAGCGAGUGGCGAGUGGAACUGCAGAAGGGUUCAACAGUCAGAAAUUUCAGUCUUCACCUGAACCGAGUUCUGCAGGAGGAUCUAGGGUUCCUGACAGGUGUAGGCCUGGCCCCUGAUGGUCAUGGCCUCAUCUUGGCCAAAGCGGAUUUGCAGUUACUGUACAUGAAGCCAGGUGAUGAGCCCACUGUAAUCUGGAGAGACUAUACAACAGAUCCUAUGAUGUUGUCCACCCACCAGGACUAUGGUGUGCUUGUCCUGCAGUCCAUGAGGCUUACAGUUCUUUCUCUCUCAAGCCAAAAGGAAUUAAGAGAGUUUGAAGAGUGCCCGGAAUUUAAUCUGAGCUUAGAUAAUCCUAGUAAGACCCUCAUAUCAGUAACUCAGGCCAAACCUGAAUCUGAGUCCUCAUUUUUGUGUGCAAGCUCUGAUGGGAUGCUGUGGAACCUAGCCAGAUGCAACGCUGAAGGAGAAUGGGCCACAGAUAAUAUCUGGGAGGAAAAAGCAGAAAUGCCUCAAAUCCAGACUCCAGAGACGGACCAGUGUAUAAGUACUGACACGUAUACCUGCCCAACAUUCCCACAGCUAAAGACGCGGCAGCGUAGAAAGAUUCACACGGGCUCUGUCACAGCCCUCCACGUGCUGCCUGAGUUGCUGGUGACAGCUUCAAAGGACAGAGAUGUUAAACUGUGGGAGAGACCCAGUAUGCAGCUGCUGGGCCUGUUCCGAUGUGAAGGAGCAGUGACCUGCCUGGAACCUUGGCUGGGUCCUAACUCUACCCUGCAGCUCGCAGUGGGAGACACACAGGGCAAUGUAUACUUUCUGUCCUGGGAAUGAAGAUCACUGCUCGAGGCAGAGAGACCCCUUGUUCUGGAGAUGCAAAGCCUGAAGACACCAGUGGCUACGUUCUUGAUACAGUUAUAUAAAUAAAAGGUCAAAAAAUCUCAUGUGCAGUCC